UUACGGGUGAAUUUUACGAGUUUUUAAAGGCCCGUUGUAUACGGAAUUCUUUCGAUACAAUGACCUAUAGGCGUUUAAUUAAAUGAAAAACAAAAGAAAAAUAAGAACAAGAAAUAGUUGGCAAUUUGUGUGAUAAAACGAUUUGUUAACAUAAUGACAUUUUAAUUUCAUCUUUGUUUACUGAACUUUUUAUAUGAUCGAUUACUUUAACUCGUUGUUUUAUCAAUUACUUUUAAAAGGCGCGCUAAUUUUCACCAUUUUGUUUUACAAUCCAUUGUUACUUUACAAUGAUUCAUUGUUGCGCACAAUUGUUUCAUUGUUACCAGUACCAACCACCCUAUGACAUACGAACAUAGCUGACUAGAUACAUCUGUUUCUCUAAAAUUGCGUCGUGUUAGUUUAUUAUGAAAGCAGCGUUUCAUGUCGAUUACAUGCUUUAUAAGAAAAAUAAAAGCACUGAAUCUCCGUAUUACGAGCCGCAACCAUUGUUAGCGACUACAUUCGCCAUUUGUUUUCCAUUGUUUAGAUCUACCUGUGGCACAAUUGUUCGUUCAGGCUUGCCAACGUCUCCUUAAUUAUUGUUUUGAAGAAAGGACGGAACUCUGUCGACUAGCGUAACGUGUUAUGUGUAUACGUUCGAUUCAAUUUCGAUUGUUGGGAACUUCCUUUUGAAACUUGGUUCUCCCACGUCAGACUCAGUUGUUAGCCGAACUCGCAGGUAUUAGAACGUGUCGCUUGUUGCGACAACAAAGGUAACAAUCGAACACGAUUUUGUAAACAAACGACAGUUGUUGAUUGACGCACAACAUUGUUGACGCAAAGCCAUCUAUCUAGUUAUUCACAUUUUGAAGUCACCGGAAAUGUUUUCAAAAAAGUGAAAAGUGCAGUGAAAAACAACAAUUUUCUUCUAGGAUAUUUUAAGUAUGGAAUUAUAGAGGGCUUAUAAAGAAACCACGUAAAACCACCACCGUAGCGCUCGAUGGUCAUGCUCAGUGAUUUACGUAACGAUGGAAAAUCGAAAAGUAAAAAUUAAUAACAACCUCAGUCAGAAUCAGAAUUGCAAUCAGCCCGGACCUGAUAACGACGUGACCACGUCUCUAAGCCGGCCGGCCAGUUAUUACGAUAACAUCGCGGGAUCAUCAUCCCUUCUUGCCAAUGGGGUUAAAACAAGCGAAGACGAUCUCACCGCUACCUUAAAUUCCAACGGACGCAGUUCGCACAAUUACAGUUUAACUAACGGGACCGUUACGUCGGCCAAAACGACCGUACCAACGCAAACAGUAUUGCUGAACACCACAGUACCUCAGAAUAUCGCAGCAACAGCCAAUUUAGCCACCAGGCAUACGCCUACAAGAAAUAGUCUUCGACAUAGUCGUAUGAUUGUUAUGACACGUACGGGGAAAGUAUCCCGAAAAUAUAUGCCAAAAAUUAUGAGAUACCACCGUUUAGCAAAAGCGCUGGUUAGCCUGCAGACUAUCUUAGCCUCAGCCCUGUGUUUCUUAGCCAUGUGGCUCUUAAUGUGGGCACCAAAUUUGAGAACGAGGGACAACCCCUACUGGAGUGCGAUUCCGCUCCUUCUCUCAGGAAUAUUAGGCUUAGUACUGCUUUGUUGCUGUAGAAAGGAAUAUCCAGGGAUGCCUAACGAAUAUUCCGUUAUAACAACAAAAGUAUUCAGCAUUAUCCUAACAACAAUAUCAGGGGCCGUGUGUCUAAUCGCUGCAGCAUUUGCUAUAAUUCAUUUAGUAUCGUUAUCUGUGAUGGUUUGUAGUCCACCAAAUCAGUCAAAUUCGACAUGUUUUUGUAAAGUGACCAUUGACUCUUAUCACUACAAUCAAAGCGUUUCACCUCUCAUAAAAAGUUACCAUUACAUGGACCUCACAUGUCCCGAAGUGGACAACGUUUUGACCAUCUUAUUGAUUUGUUCUGGCAUCGUCAAUGCUAUAUCAGCCAUCAUAGCCCUCUGGUAUGUCUAUUUACACUGGGCCAGUCGCUACUAUUAUACUUAUUCCAAGGUACGGACAAAGGAAAACAAACCGAUCAUUUUAACCAAUGCCUAACACACGAAAAAGGCGCAUUCACUUUUUUUUAAAACUACUUUGCCGUCCACAUAAAAUGCACUUUAGUCGGGGUUAGCUAUGUAAGUCUAAAAGUGUCCUUAAUCGAGGCUAAAUUUGUCUAGUUACGAUUUUUUAGACGCUUGGAAGUCUGAUUAUAUAUGUAGAGUAAAGUUAAUCUCCAGAUUUGCACAGAAUUAAUGCAGAUGCCCUCUUAGACAAGUAUGUACAGGAAUUGUAAUAAAACUGACCACGAAGUUAACGAUCCGAAAUAUAUGCCUCAAAAUGUAAUUGUUUGAAGCAUCUUGAUCACUUUUAUUGCAAUCCCUAUAUUUAAUCCAAUUCCCAUGUAACAGGACUUCUAAAAUGAUCCACCCUGUACAUUUUUUAAAUGCUAGAUACCAUACUUAAAUUUCAAGGGAUAAAAUGCACACGCUGCUUAAGAAAUGGAAACAUAAACCAUACAUAUACGAAAUGUACUGUAGCACGGGGCUUAUUAGUACUAGCCACUCGUUUUAUUUAUUUGUUAUGUUGACUUCUACGAAGUUGUAGAUAAUACCUCGAAGGCAUCACAUAUUCAGUAUUGUAGGUCUUAUUAAUAUUAUUAUAGUGUCCAAUUAAUUUAGUUUAAUGGUUGUGAAAAUUGUAACAGACAAAGCUAUACAAUUAAGUUAAACAAAUAAAAGAAAAUAUGUUACCAAAAUAAUGAUUCGAUAUUUAAGUGACAUUCUUGUAACUUUGGCAUUAACGGCUGAUAGAACACAGAAAUUAUAUACCCAUACCUACCACCGUUUCAUGUACAAAUUUACAAUUCUANUAUUUUAUAA